GUUGGCCACAACGCGUUCGGGAAGCCAGUCGCGCGGGAAUUUCGCUGGUUUUAUGCUUUUCCUUCGGUAUAACAUACUUUGCGGUGUGCGUGGUGUUCAUGUUUUUAUUUACUUUGUGCUCGAUUGCCCGUCGUAAUUCACGAAAUUUCGAAGCUUAUUUGGAAGCGAAUCGUCUUGCCGUGCUGUGACUUACUAAUUGGCGAUCCCAGGGGAAGCGUCUGACAGCUGCGAAGUACGUUGCCGCUUGGCGACAAGUGCCCCCAAAUUCAAUUACACUUUCAGUAACUCCGGUAGCGAAUCGGAUCGCGAGAAGCAGCGAGUGAGAGAAUAAAUAAAUAAAUAAUCGCCACGAGUAAAAAAAUAACGUAUAUAUUAGCGGAGGUGAGAAAAAAGGAAAUCAAGAAAAAAAAGUUCUGCGAAAUUCAAUUUUGUCCAAACGUGAGAUCAAUUGCUACCGCAAGGAAAAGUGAUUCCAAGUGAGCUGAAGUGAUCCAAUUUGGUUUUAAACGCGGUGAAGUCGUGAAUUUGAUUGAAUCGUGCUCGGGGAAGAAGUGUUCGUUGUGUAUUGUUGUUGUUAUUUUCAAAAUCUGUUUUGGCGAAAGAAUAUUGAGGUUAAGUGGUUUCGUGAUCGCACCGAUUAAUCUGGAGGAUAAUAGGAACGAAUUUGCACCAACUGUUCUCCGGACAACCAUCAAAGAAGGAAAAAAUAAAACAGAGCAUUGGAUGCUGUGUAAUUGACGAGCCGGCAGUGGGUCACUUGUCGAGUGUGUGUAUGUGUGUAUGCGAGUGCGUGUGUCAAUAAUCAAAACUUCAGCAGCGGCAACGAGCAAAAGCAGAGCCUGUCAGCGAUGGAUGUGUUGCUCAGACACAGAAGGAUGCCCUUCCCAAAAAGAUAUGCAGAAUUCGUUGCACUGAUUGCAAUCUCGUGCACGCUGUUCCUGUUUCUGCACACCCAGAGCCUGACGUCACGCCUCCGUGAAAUGGAAGAUAAAUUGCAGCCCUCGUCAUUAAUGUCAAGCAGCGGUUUAAGUGGUAAUUCAAUUAGUCAAGCUGCCUCUGGAACUACCAAUCAGGGGCAUGGACAGCAUCUACAGCCCCGACCCGGUGAAAGUAAUCUCCAUCACACGUACAACUACCUGAAGAGCACGGGACAGAUGCAAACACUGAGUGCACGUGACUUAAACAACACACGCCGCUCGCAAAUCCCCAUCAUCUUCUUCAACCGAGUCCCGAAGGUGGGCAGCCAAACGUUCAUGGAGCUUCUACGCCGUCUAGCGAUUCGCAACGAUUACACCUUCCAUCGGGAUGUCGUCCAACGUCUGGAGGUAAUCCGUCUGUCACCGGACCGCCAGCAGGAGCUGGCCGAGAUGGUUUCGGAUCUGCCUAUGCCUUCGGUCUACGUGAAACACGUCUGCUACACCAAUUUCACCCGCUUCGGACUGCCAAUGCCAAUCUACGUGAAUAUGGUCCGCGAUCCGGUCGAGCGCAUUAUCAGCUGGUACUACUAUGUCCGGGCACCAUGGUACUUCGUCGAACGAAAGCAAGCCUUCCCCGAUCUGCCCCUGCCCGAUCCACGCUGGCUGAAAAAGGACUUCGAAACUUGUGUGCUACAGGGAGAUCCAGAGUGCACUUAUGCCCAGGGAGCAAUCCACGAAGGAAUCGGAGAUCAUCGACGGCAGACUCUAUUCUUCUGUGGUCACGAUGAGGAGUGCCUACCCUUCAACAGUCCAGGAGCCCUGGAGCGCGCCAAAUACGUAGUCGAAAGCCAGUACGCCGUGGUCGGUGUGCUGGAGGAUCUAAACACAACGCUCUCUGUGCUGGAACGAUACGUUCCGCAGUUCUUCUCCGGGGCAACUUCCGUGUACUUCAACGAGGUGAACCUUUUACAGAAGAUCAACAAAAACAACUUCAAGCCCCCGGUCAGCGAGGAAAUCAAGGACCUGGUUCGGAAAAACUUUACCCGCGAAAUCGAGUUCUACCAGUUCUGCAAACAACGGCUGUACAAACAGUUUCUCGCAACUCAGCUACCCCACAAAUAACGAAAAGCCAGCGAAACCGAUAGACCGGUAGAAAAAACUCUGACGCCCUUGACAGGUGUUCUUCUCGGCAGCGGAAAUGUCUGUUCGCCGCCAGAGGCAACCACUUCAAGUUCCACCAUUUUAAAACAAGUCUUCAUUUCAUCAUUCCUCUCUCCUGACGCCGUUGGGAGGACUCAUAUUUAUACAUGUCUGACGAACACACACAUUUAUAGCUUGUAAUCGAGUUUAAGUAAGUUAUCGAGAAGAAGAAGAAGAAGAAGAAAGGAACAUGACGAUUAAUAGGAAUUGCUGUUUUUUUUUUGUUUUAAUCCGCGAACAGAGAAGGUUCAAAACUUCCAAUGUGAUAGAUGCUUAAAUUAUGUAAAUGUGUACAUUUAUUUUUCGGCAAUUUCGACAGAGAAUUCAUUUUGAUAGUGACGCAACCGAUAACAAAAGGAAAAUCGCCGUGAAAAUAUACAAAUAAAAAAGGAAAAACAAGAAAGCCUUCCUAGAUCUAUUUACAAGAAAGAAAUUACGAGGAGAUUGUAGAUCGUUAGUGAAUUACUAGUUGUAGAUGUGCUGU